GGCGGCUCCUCUGCAGCAAAAACUGCUACGGCGGCAGCAAGAAUCGAAAGCAGGUAUGUGUGCAUAUGUUGGCUAUGGGCUAUCCGUGUGCUGGCCACUUCUGGUGCUGGUUCGAGGCCUAGUUGGAGUUUUUAUAUGGUCAAGGUCGCAAUUUCAAAAUCGGCCCCCACCCCCUGACCCAUGAGCUCAGCUGCUGAUCGAAGCUGGCGUUUCAUCGCAGGCGUCUUUUUUGUUCUUCAUUUUUUGUGUUUUAUCAAUUAGUUACCUUGUUAAGAAAUGCCGCCAAAGAACGACUCGGAUGCCAAGAAAAAGGCACGCGACGACGCUCUGCAGUUCCUGGAGACACUCGAAAUCGCUGAUGAGGCCGAGGCCGAAGCUGAUGCUGCCGAGAAUGCCUCCGCCAAUGCAAAGGAUGCUGCCAAGGAGAGCGACGGCGAAAAGGCAAAGGAGGACCCCAAGACCAUGCUCAAGUUUAUUGAUGACCUGACAGAGUCAGCGGAGCAGCCAGCACAGCCAGCGCACCAAGCGCAGAGCGGCAGCUGGUCGUGGGGCGGGAUUUGGGGCCAGGCGGCAGCUCUGGUUGAGCAGAACGCGCAGCUCAAGAGUGGCAUCGGCAAGCUAAAGUCAUCGAUUGAUCAGGUGCGCAGCACCGAGGCAUCGAAGAUGAUCGAGGGGCGGGUGAAGACGCUGGUGAACCAGGAGAAUAUCACCAAGUUCAGCGGCGAGCUGAAGCGGUCGCUGGACUCGGUCAUCGACACGAUCGCACCGCCGAUCCAGGAUCACGAAGUGUUUACGGUCCGGCUGGUGGAUAACCUGCAGGACAGCAACAUAGAGAGCGUCGUGUACCGGACCAUGGACUCGGUGUUUGACUUCCACGGCCACGGCGAGAUUACCGUGAAGAGCGCGGCUAAGGAGCUGGAGGGUGCUCCCGAGAUGCAGGCUAAGCGCGGCGACACCUUCACGCUGCCCAAGGGCUUUGACGGCGGCUAUGGCGCGGCAGUCACGGCUAUCCAGUUUGUGCAGCACGCGGUGGAGGGAAUGGCGCAGCCAGCGGAGGCUGCUGGGGAGGAGCCGAAGGCGCACGCCGAGAGCCCGCUGUUCUACAAGGCGCACAAGACCGAGCUGCUGCUGGGAAUCCAGCCGUUCUCGGUGAUGCCUAUUGAGGACCAGGGAUUCCUGGGUCUCUGCGUGGUGCUGCGUGACCCGGCGCGCAAGCAGACGCUGCGGACAUUCUCGCAGAUGCUGCCGCUUGCAUGCUGGGCUGAGCCGCGCGACCAGAUUGUGGAUGCUGACGUGGACGUCGCACUGGGCAGCACCGUGACCAUGGCCACCGAUAGCGCCGUGCAGCGCAAGCAGGAGAUGAACGAGGAGUGCCUCUACGAGGCCGUCAUGCUAGCCGUCAAGAGUAUUGCCAACGAGUACCUGACGAUGCGGCCAGCCGAAAAGUAGCUUCUUGGCAAGUAUCAACUCAAUCGACUCACAUGUGGCCAGGAUGGCUUGUCCCCGUGCAAAUGGAUGUUCUAGAAAAAGCUGGCCCAUUGAGCUCGACAAUUGCUGCGUAUGUAAAAGGCGCGUCCCAAACAAAGGGGCUCGCAGGCUUCGGUGUGCGGGGGAGGGGAUUGCUGACCCUGGCCUCGGUCUUCUAGAAGCGCGUAUCUGCAGCCAAAAAAUAAAAAUGCUCGACUAUGAGCCCCGUGAGAGCACAGAUAAAAGGCGCAGCAGCGGAUCUCCCUCCUGGUCGCAAUGACGGAAUUCUGCGGUCUGCUGUUUGUUGUGCC